AAGUCGUUCGUCUGCCAGCACAAGCAGUGCAUCUGUACUAGAGAUUAAUUCAAUCAGUUUAGAGAGUUGGGCAGAGGGGACUACCGAGGACUGGCUGGUUCUGCUACAAGCGUCCACAGCUGGCUUGCAAUGCUAGUCGGGUCGCUUUUAGUCGCUGCGCUGACAGGUGCACCGUUGGCUCUUCCUCGUGCCGUCUCAUUACCUAUACGUGAUUUGCUCACUGUCCGUCAUGGCCUCGUGUUACAACUUGCCCUACAUUCCCCAAGCUCAUCCAAGCAGCUGCUGCAUGGCGUGCCGUACCUCUGCCCAGGCCAGGGAGAGACGCUGCUGCCCUGCCGUCCAAGCCCUGUCAGACCAAUUCGGCUGGGAAGAGCCUUGGAAGGACAGAGGACCAGAGACAGAGAACGGCGUUAGCGUUCGAAGCAUUGCUGGACUCAGCCUCACCUUUUUCGGCAAGACGGUUAUGUUUGUGGAGCAGUAGCGUGGUUGCUGUUUGACCUAGUAGAUGCUGUGUUCUGCUGUUCGCAAGAUGUGAGAAGUAUUUCGAAGGACGGAUCGAAGACAAGGCGAGAGGUGUGUGUAUUGAAACUAGCUGGUCCCAGAUGUAGUGUUCCCCGUGUCCUCGUGUCGCUUGGACCAUGAAACCGAGAAGGAAGGGUGGAAGUGGGUGCCUCGUAGGUGGUAGUGACUCGUGUUGUACGUGCACAAUGGACGAUAGGCGGAAUACCACUGCUGGUGCUCAUAGUCCGUGGAUAGUUCGUGUGCUUGUUGUUAUGACGCUGGCUGCCUGCUGCGGUUUAUUGGACGGCGUAGGAGCGAGCCCUGUACGGAUGAGAGUGGGACGUUCUGCAAAGUCCAAACGAGGGUUAUAUAUCCAAUGGCCGCUGAAAGCUCCAAAGUCCAAUCCGUUCAACACGGCUAAGAAUGGCUCGACGUUACAACCUCCCGGCGGCAAUGCAGUGGGUGCACCGGGCGCAGUGCCAUCGGCGGCAUCACUGCUACAAACACACCCACCGCCUGCACACUUCAACAACCAGCAAUACCCAGCCAGUCAGUAUGCGGAUCCAGUACCGCCCGCACAAGGUGGUCAGGCACCACCGCCAGCAGCCGGCGCUGAGCCACCACCGGCAGACCCAGUGCCCAUAGAUCCAGGCGCGGCGCCGGAACCAGUCAGUCCGGGAUCGUCGGCAGUGAACCCAUACUUUGACCACUACGCUGGUAGGCCACCGGGUUCCUUUUAUGGCGGUGGUCCACAGGGUCAUGGCCAGGGUCCCGGCGGCGGCGGCCAGGGGAACAUGCGACCCACAUACAGCCGCUUCUCCAGGUAUCAGUCUGCGCAUCAUUUUGAUCCCAGCGUGCCGAACGUCAGCUAUUACGUCCUGUCUCAGGUCUGGCCCAACGGUCACUGCAUGACGGCCGGGCGCAACCCAUGCCAGGAACUCAACUACGAAGCAGACCUCUGGAUACUCCGCGGCUUCUGGCCGGCGAUUGCCCGUGGCGAUAAGCACGUCAGCUUCUGCCGUGGCACUGCACUGCGGCCGCUGUACCGGCGAGCCUAUCCGUCCGAGGGCAGGCUGUUGAACCUGAUCGACGACCCGACUCUCAUUGAGCUGUCCAGAGUCUGGCCCAAUCUGGACUUCACUCCCAACGCCGAGCAGAAGUGGUCACGAGAGUACCGACGUCACGGCGUCUGCUCGCCAUUCAGCACUGGCGUGUACUUCCACACGGCUAUAGAUCUUCAUGCUCGCUAUAACCUGUUCAGAGUAUUAGAGGAGUCGCGCAUCUACCCGGACGAUAUGUACACGUACAAGGCGACCGAGCUGCACCAGGCCAUCAUCGACGGCACGGGGUUUCGUGCCGCACUGUACUGCCGACGCAAGCAGAUCAAGGAUGCCACGCAGUCGGUUUGGGUCAACGUGCUGUACGAGGUGCGCAUGUGUCUCGACACGGAUCUCAUGCCCAUGAACUGUCCAGCCUUCGAUAUCCGUGCCGACCUGAGCGUGCUUGGUGGCAAACCACUGCCCUGUUACAAUGACGUCUUGUAUCCCAACUAUCAUUAUGCCGAUCCUGUGGCGGAGGGGGCAGAGCAAGCAGCUGGUAAGAACGCAACGUCCGUCAUACAGGUGAAGCCAGUCGUCCAGCUGCCGGCUAGCUACAUGCUACCCGACGGUCGCAUUGUUCAGGCUCAGCCGGUCGCACCUGGUACACCGGCUGCGGGUCAACCUGGCCAAGUCGUGGUGGUCCCGGGUAGAGAAGGUCUGCCUGCUUUCAAUGCAACCAAGCCAGGCGGCGGCAGUAUUACCAAAGUGGGUACAACACCCUCGCCUGACACACACAAAAAGAUCAGUAUCAACCAUCCCGACCUGCCCAACCGUCUGGUCAUACACGUUCCCAGACAGCGUAUUCCCAUGGCCAAUCGGCCGAGCGGUGCGGCUAGAGUGCGUGCUCCCGUUCUGCCCGGCGGGAAUAGCUAUGCACCACCGGGCAAUGUCCAGUAUCCCGCGCAGAGACCCUACCCGGAGGCUUUCGCCGGCGCACGGGACGCAGGCCUUCCUGUCGUUCACACCAUUCACCACCGCGGCAAACAGAUCCAGUCAGCGAAUGGACCACCUCCGGGUGCCGCGGCGCACACUGAUCCCAUCUUGCAGCAGCCGAUUGUGCCUCGUCCUGGAUUCAAGGAGAUACGCCGGCCAGGUGCCCCUCCCAGCGCCGCAGAUCGUGUUGCCGUGUCGGCAGUACCGGCUGUCAAUGUCCGAGAUGGCCUUCCCCAGCCCAGGUCCACCCACCCAAUGCAAGUCCCCGGCGCCAAGGAUGCCCCCGCACAGUCGGGCAGCUCACACGCUGCUCCGGGACAGAGUGCAGAUAAAGCACCAACGAUCAAUGUUGUCAUUGGUGAUCCACCAGCAGCGGCCCCUCAGCAGAAGCCCCCACCCCCUCCCGCUGCAGAUCCCAGCGGACCGGACGUUCACAUUGUUCUGAAGGGUCCGCCAACACCUGAACAGGCACAGCAGCUGAUCACGCUCAAGAAGAAGAAGCUGGCUGGCGCUAGUGCUAACUCAGCUCCGGCGCGUUGAUCUCUCAGCCAUCAUGAUCAUCCUCAUCCUCAUCAUCAUCAUCAUCAUCCUCAUCAACUUUGGUGACUACUGUACCCUAUGUGCUGAACAACAGACUACACAAAAGCAGCAGCAGCAGCAGCAGUUGUUGAUUUUUGACAAUUUGCCCACAGACACACCGGGUGAAUAUUGACACCAGUGUAAAGUUUACCUGUGCGAAAUGUCUGCCCACGACAUGCCCCUUGCUUUGCAGAUCGUCCAAGUAUUUUCUGAUAUCCAUGCUUGCAUGCAAGACCAGUAUCGAUCGUUCACGACUGCGUUUCAUUCGCACAGCAGCUGAAAGCCCUGCACACGAUACGCACAGACCCCCCCCCCCCCACACACUCUCUGACUGCCGUACACACACAGGCCAAACUACGAGUUCCAAAGUAGAAGAAGGCACUUACAUUUCUGUACAAUGAAAGCAAAAAAUUAUAUACUUUUUUUA